AUGGGCCUCUGCCUCGCUCGCCGGCCACCGCCCCUGGAUGAUGCUGACACUACGAAGGGCCUACGAAAGGCGUACAAGUUGGUGACAGAGAGCUACGUUGUUGCCUCUACAGUCUCCGUGAACUACUCCUGCAAAACGGCUAAUACCAUCUUUGUGAAGGCCAGCUGCUACAGAAGCCAACGAAAUACCCUCUCACCAUAUACAGUCAAGGCAGCGUUGUCGCUUCACGGAGACAUACUUGGCGGCCUUUGUGAGUGCGCUGCUGGCAAGCACGCAUGUAACCAUUUGCAAGCUGUGCUGAAGUUAGUGGCAUUACUUCAAGUUAAAGGAUACAAGGAAGCGCCAGAGCAUCUCUCAUCCACAGAUUUGCCGCAGCGGUGGAGAGUGCCAUGGACCAAUCCGCUUCGCCGAACAAGUCUGCAGCAGGUAGACUGGCGGAGAGUAGGGGAGGGCGGGCAAGAUUUGCCCCGCAGCUCUCGCCUGUAUAAAGGCAUUGCUGCAAACAAAGACCCGAAGCAACAGGAGGAAUACAUAAAGGCCUUUGCCGAUGCACUGAAAGAAAUUAAUGGUAUGCAGGAGUUCGCCAGCUUCCUCGACGCUGCAGACAGCUCAGACGUCACUGAAACAAAAUUUGGGACACGUUUGAAGGGCUGCCUUCUCGACUACCAACAGUCUAUGGUUCCUCAUGGAUUUACAGUCUUCAUAUCCAAAGAGCUAGAAGGGCCUCGGCCGCAAAUAUGGGGUAUAUGCAUCACCCCAGCGGAGGCGCAGGACCUAGAAAGGACGUCUAGGCGGCAACGAAACAGCCUAACAUGGCAUCAAGGACGUCUUCACCGCCUUACUGCAUUCAACUUCGAUUUGGUCCUGCACCGGAAGAAGUGGACAAAGAAAGGCUUGAUUAGUCUGACGACUCCGAAGGACCUGUCACGCGUUCAGCCCGACAGGUACGGCAUAGCUAACGAGAAAGACGCCCUCCUGAGGUACAAGGAUACCUUGACAACUGCGGGACAUCCUGUUGAAGUAUUCAACUGUGGCCUUUUUGUCGACCCGUCCAGGCUAUGGCUUGGAGCAACGCCUGACGCCCUAACAUUUCACCCUUGUCAACCUUUUCCAUGGGGGACAGUAGAGGUGAAAUGCCCGUACUCCCUCAGACAUGCCAUCAGAGAGGUUCUCCUUUCGGAAAACUUCUUCGUUGCAUUUGAUGAAGAUUGCCGACCUGAACUGAAAGUUUCCCAUGAACACUACAAGCAGGUGAUUGGACAGAUGGGGAUAACUCGCACACAGUGGGCAGACUUCGUUGUCUUCGGACCGCACUUUAUUAUAGUGCAGCGCGUGCGUUUCGCCGAAAAAUAGUGGAAUGACAUGGUUCAUGUGUUAGAGAAUUUUUAUUUUGACACUUUGCUCCCAUUCUUCGUACAGCAGGUGAAAACAUGAAUAUUGCAUGAAGAGCUAAACAUUUAUGCAAUAAAGGCAAGUAAGCUUUUGUAACAAACAAAUUUGUAAGGGUUAGCAGCAGUAAAGCAAUUUUUCCCACCAGUCACUCACUUUCGGUGAUCAAAGGGCUUUGCAUAUUGCUCAGCACGGCACACACUGACCAUACCUGGUUAAUCAGUGGACCCAGGGAAAGUGGUACUGCCCUAUCAAACAUGUGGUAGCAUUUGAUUCGUUGUAUUCUCCUUUCGACGUGAAUUCGGAGUGAAGCGAUUUCUUGUGUCCGCUGCACGUCAUCCUCCUCAAAUUGUUUUUGUGUCAAGAAAGGUGGCAGAUUCAGGCCGACCCCUUUUUCUUGAAGUAGAUCCUUGAUCUUAGAGCCCUUCUCGGCCAUGACAGUGUCACCGGGAGCAAACUUUAAGUCCGGAAAACCACUUCUGAUCAGAAUUUCGCGGUCGGAGAGCGACCUCAUGAAAAGUUCUGAUGCUAACGUAAGAAGACCAUUUGGUGCCACGCCAAUGAAGGCCUUAAACGUGUUCGCCGACUUGUAAGUUGAGUGCGUACCUGACUGCAAAACGAGGGAGCUAGGUACUUCACACUUCACCUCUGUGGCAUCGAUGAUCACCCUUGUGCUUGGGUACAGCUCCCGAAAUGCAGGAGGCAUGUGCCUGUCAAACUUACUGCCUGGCACCCACAGAGUAAGUUUUCCCAGCUGGAUGUACGUAAAAUUUAUCCAACCAGAAAACACUCUUGACACUGUACUUGCAGAAACACCGAAAAUAUGCCCGAGAUGCAGGUGGAAAAAUCCAGUUUUCAAUUUCAUCAGUGUGAGAAAAAAUUCUUCCGCAG